GGGACUGUAAACUGUUACUACUUUACUACUGCCACUUCUCACUGAGCUCUUCUUCUUCUUCUUCUCUCUGCGCUGUUCUUUCUCUUUCCUCUUCUUUCAGAUUAUUAUCAAUUUCGUGGGUCUACAAAUCCAACUGCAUCUUCAAAGUCCAGUCUUUCUUUUGCUGGACACUCUUUUCUUGUCUUCACAAGUUUCCUUUGCUUCGCUGGAGUCUGGGUUUGUUCCAUUAAUUUUCUAUGAUCUGUUGUUGAAGGAGACGAGUUUAUCUUGGAGAAACUGAGAGAGAACUUCUUAGGAAGGAGAAAGGAUGGGUGAAGAAGAGAAGCCUGAGGUUCUAGAGGCUGUGCUGAAGGAAGCUGUGGAUUUGGAAAAUAUACCCAUUGAAGAAGUUUUUGAGAAUCUCAGAUGUAGCAGAGAGGGUCUUACUUCUGCAGCAGCUCAACAGAGGCUUGAGCUCUUCGGUUACAACAAACUUGAGGAGAAGAAGGAAAGCAAGUUUUUGAAGUUUCUUGGAUUUAUGUGGAAUCCUCUCUCAUGGGUUAUGGAAGCUGCAGCUAUAAUGGCUAUUGCCUUAGCGAAUGGAGGGGGAAAGCCUCCAGAUUGGCAAGAUUUCGUGGGUAUUAUUACUUUGCUUUUGAUUAACUCCACCAUUAGUUUCUAUGAAGAAAACAAUGCUGGAAAUGCCGCCGCAGCUCUCAUGGCUCGACUAGCCCCUAAAGGCAAGGUCCUCCGAGAUGGUCGAUGGAGUGAAGAAGAUGCAGCAAUUUUAGUUCCCGGAGACAUAAUCAGCAUCAAGCUUGGCGAUAUCAUCCCUGCUGAUGCUCGUCUUCUCGAAGGGGAUCCCUUGAAAAUCGAUCAGUCUGCUUUGACUGGGGAAUCAUUACCAGUUACGAAAGGUCCUGGAGAUGGUGUUUAUUCAGGUUCAACAUGCAAACAAGGAGAGAUCGAAGCCAUAGUAAUCGCAACCGGAGUUCAUACCUUCUUUGGAAAGGCUGCUCAUCUUGUGGAUACUACUAAUCAAGUUGGACACUUUCAAAAGGUGUUAACCGCAAUUGGAAACUUCUGUAUAUGUUCAAUCGCGGUUGGAAUGAUAAUUGAGAUAAUCGUGAUGUACCCAAUUCAAGGGCGUGAUUAUCGUCCAGGGAUUGAUAAUCUUCUCGUUUUGCUAAUUGGGGGUAUCCCAAUUGCAAUGCCCACGGUUCUGUCAGUUACAAUGGCCAUUGGUUCUCAUCGUUUAGCCCAACAGGGAGCUAUUACAAAAAGGAUGACUGCAAUAGAAGAGAUGGCAGGAAUGGAUGUUCUUUGUAGUGACAAGACUGGAACUUUAACACUGAAUAAACUAACUGUGGAUAAAAAUCUUAUUGAGGUUUUCGCUAAAGUAGUAGAUGCAGAGACUGUAGUUCUGAUGGCGGCUCGAGCUUCGCGAAUGGAAAACCAGGAUGCCAUUGAUGCUGCUAUUGUUGGAAUGCUGGCUGAUCCCAAAGAGGCACGAGCUGGUAUUCAAGAGAUUCAUUUCUUGCCAUUCAAUCCAACUGAUAAGAGAACAGCACUCACUUACAUUGAUAGUGAAGGUAGAAUGCAUAGAGUCAGCAAAGGUGCACCGGAACAGAUUCUACAUCUUUCCCAUAAUAAGUCGGAUAUAGAGCGAAGAGUGCAUUCUGUUAUUGAUAAAUUUGCAGAGCGAGGUUUGCGGUCACUUGCUGUUGCUUACCAGGAAGUUCCUGAAGGAAGGAAGGAAAGUAGUGGAGGACCAUGGCAGUUUAUUGGUUUGAUGCCUCUAUUUGAUCCACCUAGACAUGACAGUGCGGAAACCAUAAGACGGGCUUUGAAUCUUGGAGUAAAUGUUAAAAUGAUUACAGGGGAUCAACUGGCGAUUGGGAAGGAAACAGGUCGUCGUUUGGGUAUGGGAACCAACAUGUAUCCUUCAUCUGCAUUGCUUGGCCAAGAUAAGGACGAGUCAAUAGCUGCUUUACCAAUCGAUGAACUUAUAGAAAAAGCAGAUGGAUUUGCUGGUGUCUUUCCUGAGCAUAAAUACGAAAUUGUCAAGCGCUUGCAAGCAAGUAAACAUAUAUGUGGAAUGACGGGUGAUGGAGUAAACGAUGCUCCCGCUCUUAAGAAGGCUGAUAUUGGAAUAGCAGUUGCUGAUGCAACCGAUGCUGCUCGUAGCGCUUCUGAUAUUGUUUUAACUGAACCGGGUCUUAGUGUCAUCAUUAGUGCUGUUCUAACUAGUCGAGCAAUUUUUCAGAGGAUGAAGAAUUACACUAUAUAUGCCGUUUCUAUUACUAUCCGUAUUGUGCUCGGCUUCAUGCUGCUGGCUCUGAUCUGGAAGUUCGAUUUCCCGCCUUUUAUGGUUCUUAUCAUCGCAAUCCUCAACGACGGUACCAUUAUGACAAUCUCCAAAGAUAGGGUCAAACCGUCUCCUCUUCCCGAUAGCUGGAAGCUGGCUGAGAUCUUCACAACAGGCAUUGUUCUUGGUAGCUAUUUAGCUUUGAUGACUGUUAUAUUCUUUUGGGUAGCAUACAACACAGAUUUCUUCCCGAGAAUAUUUGGUGUGCCUACUCUUGAAAGGACCGCUCAUGAUGACUACCAGAAGCUCGCUUCAGCUGUGUAUCUUCAAGUGAGCACCAUCAGUCAGGCGUUGAUAUUUGUUACGCGUUCUAGAAGCUGGUCUUUUGUCGAAAGACCUGGGUUAUUGCUCGUGUUUGCAUUUUUUGUCGCACAACUGGUGGCUACCCUGAUAGCAGUUUAUGCAAAUUGGAAGUUUGCGGCAAUUGAAGGAAUUGGAUGGGGUUGGGCUGGUGUGAUUUGGCUUUACAACAUCAUUUUCUAUUUCCCGCUCGAUAUCAUAAAGUUCUUAAUCCGUUACGCUCUUAGUGGAAAGGCGUGGGAUCUUGUUAUCGAGCGACGGAUUGCUUUCACCAGACAAAAGGAUUUCGGAAAGGAACAACGUGAGCUUCAAUGGGCUCACGCACAGAGAACCCUUCAUGGACUCGAAGUGCCAGACCCGAAAAUAUUCAAUGAUCAAGGAACUUUCUCCGAGCUUAAUCAGUUGGCCGAAGAAGCCAAGAGAAGAGCUGAAAUUGCAAGAUUGAGAGAACUAAAAACUCUCAAGGGUCAUGUAGAAUCUGUUGUGAGAUUGAAGGGUCUUGACAUCGAGACAAUCCAACAGUCCUACACGGUCUGAGAAGAUCGAUCGGCAUAUCAUUUGGUGCCGACAUUGAAGAUGUUUACAUUGAGUAUUGUCCCACCUUUUUUUUUCUUUCCUCGCAACAACUCUAUGUUUGGUUUAUAUUUGUCUCGUGAAAAUAUUGAUUAAAGUUUAUGGUUUCACCAACUGUAUUUUUACAUUAAGGAAGACCCUUAUUUUAAGUUAAAUGUCUAUAUAUUUGUAUUA